AUGGAUCCCCAAUUUGGCAUUGAUAAUACUUGUACAGGCUGUGGUCAAUCUCACCCAAUUGAGUCCUUUUUGAAAAAUAGCAAAGUUCAAAAAACAUGUUUAUCUUGUAGAGAUAAAAAAAAUAGACAAAAUGCACAAAAACGCGCAGCCAUAGAUGCAUUGGCAAAUGCAAGCAUCAAUUGCAUUACGAUGCAAGAUUUUUUCAGAAUUUUGAAAGCUAUGAAAGGUCAAACCAUAGAAGACCUUAAGCAAAUUGUUGACAUUAGUAGAUAUAUGGCUCCAAUUGAUCCAAAGGAAGUAGCAUCAUAUAUUUCAGAUAACAUCCUUACGGCUAUAAAUUUUAAAUUCAAAUAUCAUUGUGCCCAAUUGCUCGACCAGCAAAAAAAAUCUAAAAAACACAAAGAUCCCACAAAGCACAGAGAUCACUUAUCAAUGCAAUGGUUCCAUUGCAGGGGUUGGUUAACACUCACUAUUGAUCUACAAAAAUUUCAAGUUACAAUUGAGUUAACUCAUGAAUAUCACGCUGAAUAUGUUGAUAUACACAUCAUGAAUGAAAUAAAAGAAUAUAUUCAAACAAAUCUUCAACAAACACCUCGAAAUAUUUGGGAAAAUCUUGGUACAAGAAGCAUAAAUAUUACUGAAAAGCAGAUAUACUAUUGGUGGAUGACUCUCAGUCAGCAUAUCUGGAAAAAAGAUGAAAAUCAAAUACAAUCAGCGAUUAAAAUCAUUAAACAAUAUGAUGAUAUUGAAAUAUUACUAACCAUUGAAGAUAGUGGAGUUACCAUGAUUAGCUUUGGGGUCAAGGAAAUUAUUAAUCGACUAGGUGUAAAUGCAGUUGAGAUUGGCAUAGAUGCAACGUGGCCAGUAGAAGUAGAUGAAACAUAUGAGCUAGAAGACGAACUCAAUACAAAUAUGUCAGUUGAAAAUGAAUUUAAUGAUGAAACUGACAAAGAUCCUGUAAAACAAUUAAAUAACGAAAUCAAUGAUGAACUUGUAGAGGCACUUCAAGAAUAUGAAGGUGAGAAUGAGGAUUUUUUUGAGGAAUUUAGUGAGACUCAAGAGCAGUAUAAAGAUCCAUGGUUUUUAGUAGUAGCAGAAGAGGCUAUAAACAGAAUAGAAAAAAUGUUAGCAAAGUGUGAAGCAUUAAAGAAUAGAAAAAAAUUACCAAGAAUGUAG